CGCGGGAGGAGGAUGAGGCGGGCGGCGGGGCGGCGGCGGCGGCGGCGGCGCGGAGGAUGAAGUGGAGCGUGCGGGGAGCCUGCGCCGCGCUCUCCAGCUGCCUCCUGCUCGCCUGCGCCCUCAGCGCCGCCGCCGUGGGCCUCAAGUGCUUCUCGCUGGGCUCCGAGCUCAAGGGCGAGCCCUUUCGCCUGGGCACCGCCGCCGGCGCCUUCUACUCGGGGCUGCUGCUGGCCGCCGGCCUCUCGCUGCUCGCCGCCGCGCUGCUCUGCUGCCGCCCGCCCGACGAGGCGCCCGCGGCGCCGGCUGCGGACCCGGCGCCGGACCCGGCCUUGGCCCUGGCCCCGGCCGGGGACCCCGACCCGGCGGGCGGCGGCCCCGGCGCGGGGGAGGCGGCGACCGCGCCGUCGGGGUCGGUGGAGAAGGCGCCGCCCGGGGGGCGGCAGAACUUCCUGCUGCUGGGGGUGCUGGUGUUCAUGCUGGGCGUGCUGAGCGCCUUCGCCGGCGCCGUCAUCGACGGCGACACCGUGUCGCUGGUGGAGAGGAAGUACUCGCACUACUGCCUGCUGCAGCCCGGCGGCGCGGCCCGCCCGCGGAGCGGCCCCGCGGCCCCCGACGGCUCCGCCGCGGCCCUCCGCUGCCAGAAGCUGCGGGACUACCAGCGCGGCUUGGUGCUGUCCACCGUCUUCAACGCGCUGGAGUGCCUCCUGGGCCUGCUCAACCUGCUCCUCGUGAAGAACUACAAGGCCUCCCAGCAGCGCGGGCGGCGGCGGCGGCGGCGGCGAGCGGCCCCGACAGCGGCGGCGGCGGGCGGGCGGCGGCGGCGGCGGCGGGGCGGCGGCGGCGGCGGGCGGCGGGCGCCGCGCCACAGCCAGGGCUCCCUCUUCUCCGGCGGUGAGCCGGAGCUCAGCCCCGGGGAUUGCCCGUUCCAGGCCGUCUCCUACAUCAACGUGGGCGUCUUCCACGUCUUCGACGAGGCCGGCGUGGAGGUGCACUGCGGCGGGCAUCCGUCCGUCGAGCUGCCUGGCUACUCGCCCAUGGACCCCGAGCUCAACGCCUCCUACCCCUACUGCUACCCGCUGCCCAGCGAGCAGCCCCCUGCCUACGAGGAGAUCUACCCCGGGGAGCCUUGCGCUCACGGCACCUAGCGCCCAACGCCGGCGGGACGCCCGGCUCCCCGCCCGGCCCCCAGCUCGCCUUGACAGCCGGCAGCGGGCCCGGUCGCCGGAGCGGGCCUGCGAGGGGGCCCGCCAGCGCCUGGCAGCCGCGGGGCUAGGGGACAGCCCUGGGAC